ACCCAGAGACUCUGGUGGCGCAGUUAGCACUGCGAUGCAGUGCCCUAGACCACUGCGCCACCCGGGAGGCCUCCCCGCUGCUUUUUUAACUUCUCUUCCCCCUCACCUCUUUCCCACACUCCCACUGUAAACAGUCUGUCUUCACAAGGCUGUGUAAUCCCAGAAGCAUCCUUGCUUCGUUUAGGUGGUGUUCUUUCAGAGUAUUAAAUCACCCUGUGAAGUGAAAGGGAAAAUAUGACCCAUGCAGCAUAUAUUCAAAAUCUGUCAUUGUCAAGUCCUGGUUUGUUUAGACAGGAUAUUACAGCAUUCUAUAAAUCAUGACAUUCAAAUAGGUUUUAUUGUUUGGUAUUAAAUAGGGCUAUCCUAUAUAACUACAAAUUACAGAACAAUGUAUUUAAUUACACUUGACCAUUCUUCAUAUAUGACAGUCUUGCUGUCCUUGAGAUGUAUAUAUUUUGACAAAAGGGAGAAAGGGACACUGAAUGAGAGGAAAGUGUGAACAGCCAAUGUGAAUGAGCCAGACACAGAAAGCAGAGAAGAGCAAACUGCAGACUGUGGUACUGACAGAUAUGGUAGCUAGAGUGAGAACAAAAGCAACAGAGAGAAGUGUUUGAUCAGGCCUCUUCAAAGUCAGUUGCCCCCUACCUCCCCAAACAGAGACAGACAGACACAGCUGCCAGACCAAAAUACCCCUGGGGCCUGGCCUCAACCAACCACAAAGAAGGGGAUAACAUCCAGGCAGACCUGUACAACUCUCCCCCCUAUGGAGUAAGCCUUCCCAGGACUUCCACGCUCAAGGCCCUAGACUCCCACAGCCCCCCCCCCCCACACACAGAUGGUACAGUCCCAGGAAGGCCAGUCUAUUUUUGGAAGGUGGGGUCAGGUGCUGAACAUUUUUUAAUCGCACUCCAGCCAGCACUACUUCUUCUCCCUCUCUUUUUAACCUCUAUCUGUGAGCUGUUCCAGUCUUGUCCACUUGGUAAUGACCCUGGAUAUGGACAACGUAGAGGUGUUUGAUGCUGGGGAGAAGGGCAGGGGUCUUAGGACCACCAAAGACCUUUGGGCUGGGGAGGUAGUGUUCGCUGAGCCCAGCUUCGCUGCAGUGGUCUUCGACAGUCUGUCUCAGCAGGUGUGCCAUAGCUGCUUCCGUCGCCAGGCCAACCUGCACCGCUGCGCCCAGUGUAAAUUCGCCCACUACUGUGACCGAACCUGCCAGACUGCAUGCUGGGAUGAGCACAAGCAGGAGUGUGCCGCCAUCAAGAAGUACGAAAAGGCUCCUAAUGAGAAUGUACGUCUUACUGCCCGUGUGCUGUGGCGCAUACAGAAGGACACAGGCAUCGUGUCGGAUGGCCAGCUGACUUCUGUGGACCAGCUGGAGGACCACGUGGCCGACAUGCUCGCUGAUGACUUCAAAGAGCUCGAGAUCGACAUGCAAAACUUCCUGGACUACUGUCCCAAAACCAGGCAUGGCAAGGAGUACAUCUCACACAUCUUUGGCAUAAUCAAGUGUAAUGGCUUUACUCUAAAUGACCAGAGGGGUCUGCAGGCAGUGGGAGUGGGUCUGUUCCCUAACCUGUGUCUGGUCAACCACGACUGCUGGCCCAACUGUACUGUCAUCCUGAACCAUGGCAAGAUUGAGCUGCGUGCGCUGAGUAAGAUUGCUGAGAACGAGGAGCUGACGGUCGGCUACGUGGACUUCCUGAAUGUGUCAACGGACCGCCAGCGCACCCUGAAGCAUCAGUACCACUUUGACUGUACCUGUCAAACCUGCAGCGAGCACCUCAAGGAUGACCUAAAGAUGGCUGCCAAGGAGACCGACGGAAACAAGCCCUCUGAUGAACUGGUAAAGGAGGUACAGGAGUUCAGUUUGGAGUGCUUGGCCAAGGUUGAGGCAGCUCGCACUGCUGGCAACUUCCAUGAGGUGGUGAAGCUGUGUCGUGAGUGUCUAGACAAACAGGAGCCCGUGUUGGGUAAUACACACCUGUACCAUCUGCGUAUGCUGAGUACAGCCAGUGAGGUGCUGUCCUACCUGCAGUUCUUCUCAGAGGCUGCAGAAUACGCAGGCAGACUGGUGGAGGGCUACAUGAAGUUGUACCACCCAAAUAAUGCUUAUUUGGGCAUGGCCACCAUGCGGGCUGGCGUGACCCACUGGCACGCAGGGCUCAUCAAGGUUGCCCAUGAAAUGAUCUGCAAGGCCUACGCCAUCCUCAUGGUCACCCACGGACCCAACCACGCCAUUACCAAGGACCUUGAGUCAAUGCGUAUGCAGACUGAGAUGGAGCUGAGGAUGUUCAAGCAGAAUGAGCAUUCUACCACGACAUGAGGCUGCCCUGCAGAACAAGCCCAUGGCUGAAGCAAUCAGUGUUGAGGACAACAUAAAGGCCCUCAGCCACAAGCAAUGAGCUUCUGUAGACACAGCAUUAAGGGUAUGAGAGUGGUCACCAAAUCUACCCAGAAGUAUCACUGUUCUCACAUUGAAAGUGGGUUACACAAGUUUUGCAACAGCUAGAUAUUCUGUUGGAAUAUAAGUAGUUAAGUUCCUGCUUUUAACAUUGAGAUUUCCAUCUGUAUGAACUACAAUAUACAAGGAGGCCUCAUCUACAUCUGUAAGGCUCAAAGUACAUGUGAAUUCAUGAUUGCUCCCACCUUUAUGCUAGUAAACAUUGAAUCAGUGUACCAACCAUGUGCCUAAGUACCAUGUGAAAUAUUGAAUGUAAGAGGUAAUAAAAGUGAAAAUUGAUAGUG